UAUUGGAAAACGGUGGGCUCUUACAGGGUCUUCAUUCGAAUCGUAUCGAAUCGAAUUGAGCCGAGAAAAUACUUUCUGCGGCUCCACAUAAAUGCUGACGACUGGCCAUGUCUUGGCCAAAACAAUGGGGCUACGCUAGCCUCUGGCUGCCUUUGCUGAUCGGCCUGCUCUACACACAAAAUGCGUCAGCUUUCAUUGUGCCAAGGGAACUGCCGUCCAUACUAUCCAUAGUUUACUCCAACAUACCACCGAUUAAAAAGGGAACUGAUUCCCGCUUGGGCUUUGGCUUUCGCCUGGGCGAGCAUGCGGACUUUCAGGUGAUGGUGGAGCUGGGCCCCCAGAAGGAGACGCGGCCCAUCGGUGAACCCAACGACGAUCAAUCGUUCAACAAGCGCCAGGUGAGCCAGGGCGAUCAGAAGGCCCUGGCUCGCCAACUGUACCGCCAGCAGGUGCAGAAGGAGGCCGAGAGAUUGAUGACCUCCACGGAGAGAAAUGGGGCCAGCUGGCUGGAGGCCUGGUCCAACGGCAUGAAACCACAAAAGCCCAAGGGGCAAAAGGAGCAGGUUAAAAAGCCAGCGGUGAAGGACAGUCCCCCGGAUCCCUCGAAUGCCAUGCAGCAGCUGCAGUUGCUCUACAAAAUGGCCACCAGCUCCAGCACCACCAGUAGCACCACCUCCACCACCGAGCUGCCUCCUGUCUUCCAAGGAGGAUCCCUCAAUCUGGGCGGUCCCAGUGGCUUCAAGCUGCCACCCCCUGCUCUCAGCCAGGAUACGAACACGCUGAGCAAUCCUGGUCCUCUCAAGAACCCCAGUGAGAUCACCAAGGAGCUAUCGAACGUCAGUCUGGAGACGGACUCUUAGGUUGUGUACUUAUCUAGUUACUAAUUAAUGAUCAGUGAUCACUGUAUACCUGUGUACAUGGGUGCUUAGCAAAUCUGUGUGUAGUAUCGCUUAGCUAUGUUUCUGUAAAUAAACCUUAAACUUAACUUAAGCUAGCGAAAUGUUUUGGUCGAACAGCAUAAAAGUAGGCAACAGGAAAUUGACAAAAGUAAAAAUCAAAGUAGGAUCAUGUAAAAUAAAAAUGUGUGGUAUUGUAAAUUGUAAAAAUAUGUUGUUGAAUAAAACAUUAAAACAUAAGUUUAAAAAAAUA